UCACUUCGCUCGGAUUACAGACUGAAGAAGUUUAUUUAUAGCUUUACGCGGGUGAGUUUAGAAUAUGGAGCCGUUUGAACACGAGAAAGAUGCUGCACCUCGACCGAGUGUUAGGAGAACAGCGACUAUGAGAUGCUUGAUCAUUUUAUCUCUUAUGUCAUUUAUUUUCCUUUUGAUUUCAAUCGUUUUUAUUACGCUAUACCUGACGGCAAGAUCCGACACUUCGCGGGCUGAUCCGCAGUGCAGCUCAACUUCACAGAAAUACUGUGGAUCACAAUCGUGCCUUCUCACUGCUCAAGAUGCCUUUAAGCAGCUGAAUCAGAGUGUCGAUCCAUGUGAGGAUUUUUACGAGUAUGUAUGUGGCGGAUGGGAAAACGAGAAUCCCUUAGGUGAUGGCGAGACAUUUGUUAGUGGCCUUACAUUGGCCAGAGAGAAAAGCUUCAAUAUACUGAAGAAAGCUUUGGAAAAUGCCAACAGAAACUACUCACAGAAUGAGGCUGUUAUGAAGACCGUGGAUUUUUUCAACACUUGCAAUAACACAGCGGCUGUUGAGGCUCUCGGAGACGAUCCGCUCAAGAAGUUGAUUGACAAAAUGGGGGGAUGGAACGUGACUGGUAACAUAACGCCCUUGUCAUUGAUGAGUAUCGCACAGAGGAUUGGCAAAGUGUCGAGGGAAUUGUUUAUCAAACCUUUUGUUGACAUCGGAGUGUCUGUCGAUCCUCAUAACUCCAACAAACACAUUCUACAGUUCAAUAGGGGACAACUCGGUAUGCUUAUAUCCUAUUACACAAAGAAUACAACCGAACAUCAAACUGUUCGGGAAGCUUAUAAAAAGUAUAUGAAAAAAAUAGCCAAGUUUCUCGGCGGAGGCCCCGACUCAGACGAACAAAUGAUGAAAGUGUUUGACCUGGAAACUGAAUUGGCAAAGUUGUAUAGAACGCCAGAUGAAAGCUCCAUUAUAGAAACUCUGCAGAAAAAAUUACCAGCUGGAAUGGCCACCUUUGAGCUGAGGACAACUUUGCAGCGAUUCAGCUCCGCAUCUAGAUUAAAACUCGAAAACCUUGUGGACUUGGUAAAUGCAGUUUUUAAAAAACAGGGUCGGAAAUUCAAGAAAGACGAGAAAAUUCUCGCUUAUCCCAGAGAUAUUUACGCCAAUCUUUUCAAGUUUUACGAGAAUAGGACAAGAACGGACCCCUUGAUUGUUGUCAAUUACAUCAUCUGGACUGUUAUCAAUAACUUUAUCAGAGUGAUGCCGCAAAAAUACAGGGAGGCACGGGAUGAGUAUGUGACCGCCAUGUCAGGAAAGAAAACCAGAUACCGCUGGAAAGAUUGCAUUAACGGAAUGCAGUCAAUAUUUGGAAUGCCGCUGGGCCUGCUGUUCGUGGACGUAGCAUUCGACGAAAAAAGCAAGGAAACGAUAACGCAAAUGACCCGACUGAUGAAAGAUGAGUUUAUAAAGAGUGUUAAUGCUCUUCCUUGGAUGUCAGACGCAACGAAGGCAAAGGCGAAAGAGAAGGCCAAUGCUAUUGCCGAAGACAUAGGUUACCCAAGCUACAUCAAAGACCCGUCAAAGCUUGCUGCUACGCUGAAAGGACUGAACGUUAGCGAUAACCUAUUUGAGAACACUGUCAGUGCUAUGGCGUUUGCUGCUGACCAAUCAUACAGCUCAUUGGACAAACCUGUGGACAGAGACGAGGAGAUUUUUCGACAAGGAUGGUAACAUAAACAACUGGUGGUCCAUCGUUUCUCAGUUUGGUUUCAAAAAGAGGACGGAAUGCCUUGCUAAACAGUAUUCUCAAUACGAGGUCUAUGGUAAAAAGAUAAAUGGGAAUCAAACAAAGAACGAGAACAUCGCCGACAACGGAGGAAUCAAACUGGCAUACAAAGCGUACGAAACACUUGUCCAAAAAGAAGGGACCGAGGGGGCUCUGCCAGGACUGGGACUGACAGAAAAACAAUUGUUUUUUGUGGGUUUUGCGCGGCCGUGGUGUAGUAUCUAUAGGAAGAAAGUAGCGCAUCUUCAAGUUGAAACUGAUGAACAUACGUUUCCUAAGUACAGGUGGGGAAUAAAUGGGAAUCAAACAAAGAACGAGAACAUCGCCGACAACGGAGGAAUCAAACUGGCAUACAAAGCGUACGAAACACUUGUCCAAAAAGAAGGGACCGAGGGGGCUCUGCCAGGACUGGGACUGACAGAAAAACAAUUGUUUUUUGUGGGUUUUGCGCGGCCGUGGUGUAGUAUCUAUAGGAAGAAAGUAGCGCAUCUUCAAGUUGAAACUGAUGAACAUACGUUUCCUAAGUACAGAAUUAUCGGCACACUCCAUAAUUACGACAAGUUCGCAGAGGUUUUUAACUGCAAGCCAGGAUCCGCCAUGAACCCGCAGAACAAAUGUACCUUGUGGUGACCAGCGAAUACUUGAACCCUACAUUUUCCUAUCUAUAAUCCAGGUAACAUCAAGGCGCACUGCAAACUGGAGUUGAGGAACAAUUGAUUGGCAUAGUUAGGAUAUCAAUGAUUUGUCAAGCGCUGAUAAGAAUGGGCCUGCGCCUUAAGUCAUAUUCCUACAAGGACAAAGGUUUUUUAAGACUGGACUUUAUAACAAUACCGUCGGUACUAAUGCUGUAACUGUGGUAACGAUUAAUUAAAGAACUUCCUUUAGCAGACUGCUGAUUACCUUUAAUGUUAAAAAAUUAAUUUCCGGUUUUUUGUCUUGUUCUUGUGUGUGAGUUGUAAGCACAGCAAAUAUUGAAUAGUCUUUGGAGAAGGAACAAUCACGUUUUCGCACCGGUAGAAUGUUAUAUAAACAAAUUUAGCGGCAGUGUAUAGCGUACAGUUACCUCACAAUUUUAAAUUAGGCAUAUUGUGUCUUGAAGGGUGUCUAAAAGCUGCAUCUAACAUCUAAACGGUAAACUCUUGAAGGACCUCCCAAUCACGAGCAAUAAGGUAUUAUAUUAACAGUUAAGAUCAUUAAAAAUGGUUUAUGUGUUAGACAAAAUAUUUCUUUUCGCUAUCUUUUAUCCACAUAUUAAUGUAAAUAAAGUUUAUUUAUUCUUGAGACAAAAACUUGUUCGUUUUCCUUUAGCUGUAUUCUUUUGUCUUCUCAGAAAUUAAAAUACUAAAUUAAUUGCUUUUAACAACGCUCGCAAUAUGUUUUGGUAAGAUAUCUACAGAACACAUACUUCUCACUGUUCUUAGACAAAGAAAUCAGUGGCAUAAACAAUAGUUUGUGAUAGUACUGCGGCUUUGUUUCACAAUAGUCUAAUACUCUUGUACAGUCGAUACUUCUUUAUGGCUUACUUUGAUCUCUUCAUACAAUGUACAGCUAUCGGUACUAGCUCAUUUCUGAGUGAAAAUGUUGUUCACCAGCUUAUAAAGGUGACACUUACCAAGCUGUCAAUCAUCUUGCACCGUCAUCGUUUCUAUCUUAGCUAGCGAAUCACGUUAAGUUACGUAAAGCAGUUCCUGCAUAGUAAGUAUGUACCUUCGAGUUGUUUACGUAGUUACAAAAUAAUUUUCUACCUUAAAUUUCUUACAUUUCCAGUUUAGUUCUGGUAAAACAAGAACAAGAUUGGCAAUAGAAAAAUGAUAAAGAAACCGUUGCGUAGAAACCAUUGAAAUUCUAAUGAAUUGCACUUAAAAAUAUAUCUAAAACGAAGUCAGCGCUUGAAGUUUGUUACAUAACAGCAGAACAAACAGAGGAUUUGAGGAAGAAGGGGUGUA